GACCGCUCAAUCUCUGUCCAUCACGAACCGGCCUUCCCGGCUCGGAUUUAAACCUAGAGCCGGAGGAUUCCGGUCUGGCUGGACUGGCCGGAGACCGAAGUAUUCCCUGUCCGGUUCUGACACCGCCGUUCGUUUCGUUCUAUCUCCAACCUUCGUCCUUCUCCUCCGUCUCUCUUCUCCGCGACUGCUACACCCAUCAAGUAGGCGCAGGAUAAAGUCCGUACGCACCCUAUGCACAGCUAAGCUCAGCUUCCUCUACUCCUCCCAUGGACUCCACCUCCGCCCUCUCCCUGCACUCUCAUCCCAAGAUAACGCCAGCAGCCGCCCCUCGUUACAACUCUACGCUCCAGUUCGGGCUGUGCAGUGCCGCUGCAUCGCUUCGGAGCAGUAGGAGGCGCCUCAGAUGCAGGCGCCUGGUGGUCGUGGCGGCGUCGGGGUCGGGUGGCGGCUCCAGGCGCGUUGCCGGCAAGCGGAGAGUUUAUCAGGAGUCUCAGAGCGAGAGCUCUCUCUCGGCUGCUUCUGUGAAGCAGAUUGCUUCCUCCGUCGCCCCUGCUGCAGCUUUCGUGGCUGCUACAUUCGCUGACAGUUUUAUGGAAAUUGGUGGAGAAACUUCUAAUGCCAAAACGAGCAACAACUUCAACGGCAGAAAGUAAAUCACCGGCACAAGGAAUGAAAUGGUCUAUUGGCGCUGGAUCAAAUCUAUUAUCUAAUCUCAAUGCAAAGAUUGACAGACAGUCCAAGCAGAAGAUUAAUGAAUUUGCCAAAGAACUUAGGACAUUCAGUGUUGUUGACAUGUCAGGUCGGGGCUUUGGAGAUGAAGGGCUAUUUUUUCUUGCUGAGAGUUUAGGCUAUAAUCAGACUGCAGAAGAAGUAAGCUUUGCUGCAAAUGACAUAACCGCAUCUGGAGUAAAGGCUUUUGAUGGCUUUCUUCAAUCAAAUAUUGUAUUGAAGACUCUUGAUCUUUCCGGAAACCCCAUUGGGGAUGAAGGAGUGAAGUGCCUGUGUGAUAUUUUGGUGAACAAUAGUGGUAUUCAGAAACUCCAGUUAAACAGUACUGACGUAGGGGAUGAGGGAGCUAAGGCAAUUGGAGAGUUGUUAAAGAAGAAUGCAACCUUGCGCAUUGUUGAACUUAACAACAAUAUGAUUGACUAUUCUGGAUUUACAGGUCUUGCUGGAGCACUGCUUGAGAACAAUACCAUACGGAAUUUACAUCUGAACAAUAACUAUGGUGGAGCUCUGGGGGCUAAUGCCUUGGCUAAAGGUCUUGAGGGGAAUAAGUCUUUGAGGGAACUUCAUCUACAUGGUAAUUCUAUCGGAGAUGAAGGUGCCCGGGCUCUGGUGUCUGGUUUAUCUGCACAUAAAGGUAAAAUUGCUUUAUUAGACCUCGGCAACAACUCAAUUACCUCAAAAGGUGCAUUUCACGUCGCUGAAUAUGUCAAAAAAAGCAAGAGCUUGUUAUGGUUGAAUCUCUACAUGAAUGACAUAGGCGAUGAGGGAGCUGAGCAGAUUGCUGCUGCUCUGAAGGAAAAUCGUACCCUACCGACGAUAGACCUGGGAGGAAAUAACAUCCAUGCAAGUGGAGCUGCAGCCUUAGCCCCAGUGUUCAAAGACAACAACGUCGUGACAACUUUGGAGCUCGGUUACAAUCCCAUUGGACCUGAUGGGGCCAAGGCUUUGGCCGAAGUUCUCAAGUUUCAUGGGAAUGUAAAGACCCUUAAGCUCGGUUGGUGCCAGAUAGGAGCAAAGGGUGCUGAGUACAUUGCUGAUAUGUUGAAGUAUAAUACUACCAUAUCGGUUUUAGACUUGAGGGCGAAUGGACUGAGAGAUGAGGGUGCGGUCUGCCUGGCUCGCAGCUUGAAAGUGGUUAAUGAAGCCCUGACCUCACUUGAUUUAGGAUUUAAUGAGAUUCGGGAUGACGGGGCUUUUGCAAUCGCCCAAGCGCUCAAGACUAAUGAAGACGUGGCUGUUUCGGCCUUGAACCUUGCCAGCAACUUGUUCACAAAAUUCGGGCAGAGCGCUCUCACUGAUGCGAGGGACCAUGUUUACGAGAUGAGCGAGAAAGAGAUCAGCAUCUUCUUCUAGGCAGACUUUCCUAACCAAGACGGGAAGUUCUCCCCAUAGUAUAUACCUAAAGAUGCAAAUUCUUUAGCCUUGCAGCAGGUUUUGGCAGGAGGAUUCGAGGCUCUUCUCCUUGGGGAAAAACGCAUGAAAGUCUUACUCGGUACUGGGAACAGAUUUUUGCAUGUUGAGAGAUCGUAGUUAGAUUCAUCGGCCGGUUUUGCGAGGUAGGAUUAGGAUUAGUAUAGGAGUAUCAUCAUGGAAUAGAAGGAAUGCACAUACUUUUCUGCUCAUAUUUAUAUGCUUCAACAGAAGCUUCUUUUACAGACUGAUCCCGUUGGUUGAGGGGCUAACAUGGCCUUCACACUACUCUUACUUAGUGGACCCUUGAUGAACUUUUGGGGCCUACCAACAAUUGAAGGUGCCUUUUAAGCAAAGAUGAGUUUCCACCCCUUUUUCA